CCCAGGAGGGGGUGGACAUGGCAGCCAAGAGGCAGAGCCCAGCCUCUGCUCCGCGUGGCCUUGUGCUGCUCGGGGGAUGUUUCUGGGGUGAGCUAAUGCUCACGCCUCCCAAUGGGGCUCAGGACCGGAGGCCAGGCUGACCACCUUGGCUGAGAGGGUCUGUUAGAGGAGUGCCCCACCUGUCACCCAGGCCUUUCUGGUGACCACCCCUGUCGAGAGCCCUGCUUUGCCUCAGCUCCUGAUAAGCCAUUUCAUCCAAACAAAAACUGCCCGCUGAGGCUAAAUUAGGUUUGUUAGAAGUUGUGAUCUGACUGAAUGUGGCUCUGUAGAUAAGAACUUCCAUUACUUCGUAGUCGGCAUCGUGGGUGUCUAUCCUCUCUCUCAGCUCUGCCUCCCUGUCCUGCAGAUAGAUACGUCACCGUAGAUGUGGGUGGAGAGGGGCAGUCACUCUUCCCGAGGGGAGCUGUACAGCCUGGCACAGUUGAGGAUGACCUGAUUCUGGUUCCUUUCAGACUGAACUCCAAUGUCCAGCAAUGGAUGACGACAGCCUAGAUGAGCUUGUGGACCAAAGCCCGGGGCAGUGUGCACACCCGCGACUCAAUGCCGCCCCUCUGGCCAGUGAUGCUGAAAGCAGUGACGGAGACAGUGGGGGCUCUGAGGACACGGGCAGUGAGCUCAGCGACAGCACCGAUGGAGAAGACGAGGAGGAGGACCUGGAAGACGGAUCUGAUUCCGGAGACGACGAGGACCUGGAAGUGGUGGCGGUAGCUACACAGAGGAAGCUGGAGGCCAAUGGCGCGUCUAAUUCUGAUGAUGAUGCUGAAAGCUGCCCGAUUUGUCUCAACACUUUCAGGGAUCAGGCUGUGGGGACACCGGAGAACUGUGUCCAUUACUUCUGCCUGGACUGUAUCUUGGAAUGGUCCAAGAAUGCCAAUUCCUGUCCCGUCGAUCGGACCAUAUUUAAAUGUAUUUGCAUUCGAGCCCAUUUUGGUGGGAAAGUCCUGAAGAAGAUCCCUGUGGAGAACUCCAGGGCCGGGGAGCAGGAGGAGGAGGACCCCACCUUCUGCGAGGUGUGUGGCCGCAGCGACAGGGAGGACCGCCUACUCCUCUGCGAUGGCUGUGAUGCUGGGUACCACAUGGAAUGUUUGGACCCCGCUCUCCAGGAGGUGCCGGUGGACGAGUGGUUCUGUCCAGAGUGUGCCGACCCUGGAGCUGCUGCCCCUCCUGCAGACUCGGAUCCCGUGACUGAGGAGGAAGUCUCCCUGCUCUUGGUUGAUGUGGUGCCCACUGCCAGCCGGCUGCGGCCUCGCGCAGGGCGGACCCGGGCCAUUGCCAGGACCCGGCAGAGCGAGCGAGUCCGAGCCACUGUGAACCGGAACCGCAUGUCCACGGCCCGGAGCAUCCAGCAUGUCCCAAGGUACCUGGUGUCUUCUGUGCUUGAUGAGACCAUCGAAGCUGUUGCCUCUGGUCAGAGCACUGCCGUGUAUCAGCGCCCCACGACGCCACGGGCCCCUGCUAAACGGAGGAGGAAAGCAAGAAGACGGAAGAAAGUGCUGGGAAGGAAGAAAACCCAACCCCGACCGGCUGUGAGGAGCAGGAGCUCCAGGACGAGGUCCAAGAGGCGCCAGAAGAAGAGAAAAGGGAAGACAAAGAGUGAAGUCACAGCUCGCCGGCGCAUUGCAAGGACGCUGGGCCUCCGGAGGCCAACCCGUGGAGCCUGUAUCCCUUCUGUGUAUAGGCCUGUGGACCCCUCCCUGGGGCUGAUGCGCGCGGACAUCGGGGCUGCCUCUCUCUCUUUGUUUGGAGACCCCUAUGAGCUGGAUCCUUUUGACAGCGAAGAGCCAUCUGCCAGCCCUGCUUCCCCUCUGAGUGCUAAGAGGAGGGUUCUGUCCCGCUCGGCCCUGCAGUCUCACCAGCCCGUGGCCCGUCCCAUCUCCAUGGGGCUAUCCAGGAGGAGCAUUCCUGCCAUGGUGCCCGAGCCGGACGUGGACGAGGCCCCUGUCCCUGACCUUCUGGGCAGCAUCCUGUCAGGCCAGAGCCUCCUGAUGAUGGACAGCGCCGACAUCACCAUCCACCGGGACGGCUCGCUCAGCGCCAAGCGGGAAGUGCCUGUUUCUUUUCAGCGGAACUCAGUUGGUCUGUCCCGAGGAAGAGAAGGCUCCGGGGCUGGGGCCAGCCUGCAGCCCACAGCACCAUGCACAGGGCGCCUGGGAAGCCUGGGGUCAUGCUGUCAAAGCAGGUCUACCCCCUCCUGUAUCCCUGCACUCAAGUCGGGGGCUGUGGUGAAACUGAACUCCUCCUCAGGGACCCCUCGGUCAGGCCAGGCCCAGAACAUGUCACAUGGGAGCAGUCCUGGCUUAAAACACCGGGAGGACCUCCAAGUCAGUGGCAACAGUAAGCGUGCUGUGCCUCUUGGAUCCUCACCAAAGAGCUUAAACGGCAGCUCUGACUUGCCGGCUGCGAGUGCAGUGCCCGGACAGACCCCAAGGCCAGCUCUCAGGAGAGCAGACAUCUCUGAGCUCCCCAGGAUACCGAAGAUCAGAAGGGAUGGCAGUGGGCAGGGGGAUGCGUCCCCAGCCCCUUCAGGCAGUCAGCGUGUCGAGAUCCCCAGCUCCUGCAUCAGCCGGCUGACGGGCAGGGAGGGCCCUGGGCAGCCUGGCCUCGGUGCCCGGGCAGAGGGCGAGCCCCGUGGCAGGGGCCCACAGGAGCCCAGCGUGCACUCAGGAGGCAGUGCUCAGUCCCCAGCCCAGAUGGGACCCUCAAGGGGCAAGGGCAGCAGCUCCACCUUUGAGAGCUUCCGAAUCAAUAUUCCUGGGAACACGGCGCAGUCCAGCCGAUUCUCCAGCCCUGGCUUCUGCCACACCUUCCGGCCCGUCGACAGUAAGGUGCAGAGGAAGGAGAGCCCCUCACCUGUCUUCUCCCUCAGGAAGACGAAGCAGCUCAGGAGUGAAAUCUAUGACCCAUUUGACCCCACGGGCUCAGACUCCAGUUCUGCAGGCAGCAGCCCCGAGCACCUGGGCUCCAGCCUCCUGCCCUCAGAGAUCACUCGCACCAUCUCUGUCGGCAGUCCCAAGGCCCCGCCAUUGCAGACUGUGCGCUGCGUCACCUCCUACACGGUGGAAACGGUCUUUGGGACGGAGCCCUCGCCCUCCUCCAGGGGGCCUUCCUCCAGCGUGCUCAAGCUCCGGACUGAGGGGCUUGCCAACAGGCUGAGCGAGGAGGAGCCUGCUGGGGGCCAAGACUCGGCCCUCCGGGCUCGGAGGCCGUCCCUGCUGGAGCCCUGGGAGGAUGAGGACCAGCCCCCCCCCCGCACCUUCUUUGGCUCUGAGGAGCGGACAGUGACCUGUGUGACAGCGGAGCCAGACGCCCCGCCGACAACCACCCACAGGAUUGUGGAGCUGCGGUCUCCAUCCCGCUCCCGCUCCUCAUCUAGCUCCCGCGGCAGAGAGAGAGACAAGAAACCACAGGCCACCCCCCGGGAGCACAGGAGGACCCGCUCCCGCUCCGCCUCCCACUCCGGGGACAGGAGCUCCCGGUCAGUGUCACCACUGGUGGGUGAAGAUCAUGCCAGGAAGCCCCAGGCCAAGGCCAGGGCUCGGAGGUCUUCCAGCGACCGCUCCAGCAGCCACGAGCGGGCCAAGCGGAAGAAGGCCAAGGACAGGAACAAGGAGAGGAAGAGGGACUCAUGGGGCCGAGGCCGGCGGAGGUCCCGGUCCCGCUCAGGAACCCCUGGCAGCUCCUCACAUGAGUAUCGUGAGAGCAGGAGGAGGAAGAAGAGGCGUUCGGGGUCCAGGUCUCAGGGGAGGGGGUGCUCUCCCCCCAGCAGCCUGGAGAGGGCCCGAAGGCCCCACCGUCCCAGGGAGAGGAGCCGUGAGCGGCCCAGAGAUAGGCGGGGCUCCCGUGAGAGGAGGAAGCGCAGGUCCAGGUCUCCCAGCACAGAGCACAGGUCCCGUGAGCAUCGGCGGCCUCGUUCCCGCGAGAAGCGGCCUCGGCUCCACUCCCGUUCCCGUUCCCGCUCCCGCUCCCGCUCCCGCUCCCACUCCCGUUCCCGCUCCCCAGAGAGGAAGGUGUCUGUGAGGGAGGCUUCCCCAGCACCCCCUCAGCAGGAGGAGCCGCAGCCGGGGAGGGAGCAUCCAGCCAGGAUGCCAACCUUGGCAGGAGCUGAGGCUGGGCCAGAAGGGGCUGAGGCUGACAGGGCCCCCCCAAAGGCUCCUCCUGCCUCAGAAGUGCCAGCUGAGUGCCCCCCCGAGGACCUGGAUUACGGCGACUCUGUUGAGGCGGGGCAUGUCUUUGACGACUUUUCAAGUGAAGGCAUCUUCAUGCAGCUCGACGACAUGAGCUCCCCACCCUCCCCAGAGAGCACGGACUCCUCCUCCCCUGAGCGUGAGCGGGGCUUCCUGCCCAACCCCCCUGUGCCCCCCGCUGCCAGCCAGCACCAGGACACCAGCCUGGCUGUGGCUGUUAUCAGAAGGGAGGUGUCGCUGAUCCACAGUGAGGACACCGAGCAGUCCCCGCCCUGGGCGGAGGGUCCCCGAGAGAAGGUCUUGUUCCAGCAGGACCAGGCCAAGGCCUUGGUGCCUCAUGCUGUGGGGGGCCUGGCCGUGGGCGGGGCGCUGGUGGGGAAGGAGGAAGACCCCUGUCAGACUGCGGUACUUCGGGCUAAAGCCCCAGUGAAGAGAGUCACCUGGAACCUGCAGGAGGUGGCAGGCGGCGCUCUGGCUGAGAACAGAGGCCUGCGGACACCGCUCCACAGGCCCCAGCAGCCCCAAGAAGAAGCCUGGGAACCCGAAGAUGGGGACUCUGUGGUGGACUCCCAGCAGGCACCCUGCCCCGAGCCCCUUCCUCCUGGUCACAUGCUCCCCGAGUCUGUCUUCCCCACUUCAGACCCUGCUCAGGUGUAUAGCCCCAGCCUGCCUCCCUCCCUGGCUCUGCCCUCGAGUGUCCCACCCUAUGCACCGGUCAGCCAGCCCACGGUCCAGUUCAUCCUGCAAGGGAGCCUUCCCCUGGCCAGCUGCGGGGUGGCACCCAGCCUGGGCCCAGUGCCCACCGUCCUGACCACAGCCUCCGAGCCGUCUGGCCACGCUGCUGCCACCAACAACUCAGAGGAGAGGAUGUCCACUUCCCGGCCAGCCACGGAAAAGGCCAAGAACGAAGAGUACAUGAAGAAGCUGCACAUGCAGGAGCGGGCGGUGGAGGAGGUGAAGCUGGCCAUCAAGCCCUUCUACCAGAAGAGGGAGGUGACCAAGGACGAGUACAAGGACAUUCUCCGGAAGGCCGUGCAGAAGAUCUGCCACAGCAAGAGCGGAGAGAUCAACCCUGUGAAGGUGGGCAACCUGGUGAAGGCGUAUGUGGACAAGUACCGGCACAUGCGUAGGCAUCGGAGGCCGGAGGCUGGCGAGGAGCCUGCUGCCCAGGGCGCCGAGGGCUGAGGCUGCGGCCCUGGUCCCCAGCGGUGCUGUUGGGGAGUGGCAGCAGCAGAAAGCUCUGGGGACCCCCAGCACUGUUUUCAGGGUUCCUGUGAUCACACGUGGUCUGUGCCCGUCCUGCUCAGUUUAAACUGGACUUUUUUAUGUGUACAUUAUAGAUACACUGUUUCAUUGUGUUCUAAUUUAUCAAAAAUGGAUUAUCUUUAGAAACUUC